AUGAUCCAUCCAGAUUUCCAUCGUGUGGCUUCUAAACCGAAGGCUCCAAUUGCGUCCUACUUCCCACCUCUCUUCCCCUCUACCCUCCCCUGCAUCUCUUUCUUCAAUUAAACCUGCGCUGCUCUCCCUGCUUCAUGGCUGCCUCUAUAUCGGCCGCAGGGCUCAAAGCCCUGCCCUCCGCCGUCCAUGGAAGCUGGACAACUUCGCUUGCCGGCGACGACCGAGCAGCGCUGACCAAGUCAGUGCCGUCAUAUGUUCGCGUUGCUCGGCCUCCAAGGUCUCGGCCUAGGAUGGGCAACGUCAACGAAGGCAAAGGUCUCUUCGCACCGUUGGUCGUUCUCACCCGCAACAUCCUCGGCAGGAAGCGGUUCAAUCAGCUGCGAGGCAAGGCCAUAGCUCUCCAUUCACAGGUGAUUACAGAGUUCUGCAAGACUAUAGGUGCUGAUAAUAAGCAAAGGCAAGGGCUGAUCCGCCUGGCCAAGAAGAAUGGAGAAAAGCUUGGUUUUCUUGCAUAAGAUGAAUUUUGUCAGCAGCUUGGUUUUCUUCUUCUUCUUCUUCUUCUUCUUCUUCUUUUCAAGAAAAGGGAACAUGGUGUAAGUGAGAUUACUAUGUGAGAUUUUGCAUAACUUGUCAAAGCUUUCAAAUCAAAAAAUCUCUUUCCCUGGAUCUAAGUGAGAUUGAAGCAGUUUUUUAUGGUGUCGGAUUUAGUCACCACAGUGCCUCCAGUUGAUAACAGAAGAAUUAGUGCAAGAAAGAACAGAGAAGAAACAUCAACCAGGAAGUGCAGAGAAAUCAAGCACCAGAAUGCUCCAAGGGAUUGUUAAUAUUAGAUCUUUAUUGAGCUCGACGAUGAUGGACUCAGGACCGG